CCAGUGGAUGCCAGCCGAUCGUACAUGAGCCGGACCUGGACCUGGACCCCGUGGCCGUGCCCGCCUCGCAGCCUCCAGAACCAGACAUGGAUUUUCUCAAUCCCAACUACCUGAGCGCGCGCGGACCCUACGACUACACCUUUAAUUUCUGGAACGACUACCUGGGUCUGACGACGCUGGUGACCCAGAGCCACAAGCUGAGCCUGCCGCAGAACCCCAACUCCAUCACCGAGUCCCUGAAGGCGACCCUGGGUCUGGACGACUCUCCCGCGUGUCCCUGCGUGAUCGCAGUCGGGGAGCCCCUGGAGUGCUGCUGCCCCGCCGGGAGCCCGUCGCCCACCACCGUACUGGACCUGAAGGAGCGCUUCUCCAUACUGAGUCCCUUCCAGAACCAGCUCCCGGAGCGGGAGGCGGGGUUCGGCGGGAGCUUCGAUCUGUUCGGCGUGGAGCGGAGGAUGCGCAAACCCGCCUCCCGGACCAAGCAGGAGCCCAAGAUCUGCGUCUUCUGCCGCAACAACGGAGCCCCGGAGGAGGUGUUCGGCUCCCACGUCCUCAAGACCCCCGACGGGAGGGUCGUGUGUCCGAUCCUCAGGGCCUACACCUGCCCCCUGUGCAGUGCCAACGGAGACAAUGCCCACACCAUCAAGUACUGCCCCCUGUCCAAGGAGCAGCCGCCCCAGCGGCCCCUGAAGGGGGGCCGGGCGGUGGGGGGGAAGAGAAUGAAGAUAUUCUGAGCGGACUCGGGACUCGAACCCAAUUGCACUGAACCCGCGUCGAGUCGCUGAGAUCUAUUUUUAUAGUUGAUUUAUCCGCAUAGACUUUAUUUUCCUUCUAGUUUGUAGCCACUUGAAGCGCACGACUAUAAAUAACCAGAGGGCGCGAGUAUUUUUGGCUUGUAAACACACUGAAUGUCGUAUUUCUACCGAGUAUUUUUGUAAGUCAGUCGAGCUUUUCUGUUGUUUUUAGGAGACCAAAGUUGAGUUUGCCAUGAACGAAGCUGAAGAAUGUCGCGAUCUGAACUUGAUCUUCCAGCAGCAGGAGAGAAGGGACGGACAAUGUGGCCUCUGUGUGUGUCUGUGUGUUUUUUUUUUUUUUGGGGGGGGGGGCGGCAUGAAACAUGAAAAUCAAUUGUUGCUCUGCCAAACCGCUGCAGAGAACGUCACGGUGGGAGGCAAGUGUUUACAUUCCCGAGUCCAGGCAACACUGGAUUCCUCUUUUGUUGAUUGUUGAUGUCUUGAGCAGCUCCGACCGCGUCAGCAGCAAAUGAAUGUCCUCAUGAGUCCUGUCAGAAAGCGAUGCUAGAGUGGCUGUGUUCACACGCACGGCAGUGAACUCCCCACCUGCACCUGUUAGCCUGGGGAGACCCUCUGGGAACUCUGGUUUCCUCCCGCAGCCUUUCGUGAAGCCGGACCACAGCGCCCCCUACACCUGGGCAUGACUCUUUCUGCCCUUGCCCACCCAGGCAGAUGACAGGUACUUGGCUGUGUUUCCAGAAAUGAUUUUGAGUCCAACAGAUGUGUGACUCCCGCAGCCCUGUCGGACUCCUGUACAACCAGAAACACUAAAACAACUGUUAGUGAGUGGGUGUGGGCUGCUUCCAUGAGGCUGACCUCACCAGUGGGCGGGGCUAAAGCCAACCUUCAGUCCAAAACGAUUGGGAUGAAAGCGACAUGUUGCGGUUGCUCACACUAAAAACUUGCGUAGGUGAAUUGUUAGCCUGCUAGCUAGUCUAUUGACUACAAACUUAUCCCGGGGGUGCGUUGUGUAGCGAUCCAGGAGUCAGAUUACAGGUCAUGUAGCACCUAGAGUCGCAGCGCUCCACACUGAUGUUUGGCUCCGCUCCAUCUCACUAGCUCGUGCGUGAUCGUAGCCGACGCUGUGAAUGUACGACCCGUCACUCUUAGGACUGCACACACUUUCAUUUACCAAAGGAAGCAAAUGGAGUUGCUGUGAUGUUUGUUACACACAGAUGUUUAUUUGAACAAGUGACUUCAGAGGGCGCUACCUCAAACGGAUUUUGUACUCUCGAUCCGAGCGUCGACAGCAGCUGCCAUUUAUAAAACGGUUUUGAUAGUAUUCCGAUCUUUGUACGACAUUGUUUUGUCGCAUUCAUGAGACGGACAUGAAGCUGAAAGCUCACCACCUGGUGGUUGUGUUGUAAAUAAUGACUAUACUCAUGUUUGACAAGGUUCUAGUUGUUGACGUUGUGGAGUGUGCGAGGGAGUCGAGUGGAGACAAGUCGAGCGACGAGUCAACACUUUGUGUGUUUGACAGAAGAAUAAAGAAACUCUGUUGUAAUAACUUUGUUAUUUAUAUUUUAUCACAAUUUCCUGUAUGCUGCUGUGCAGAAGAACCACCAUAUGAAUUCACUAGAGAAAUAAAGUCUUAUCAGAUCAGAACGGUGUGUUUGGUUGUGCUGUGAGACAAUG